UAUGCCAAUUCUCACAUCUCCAAGAGGAAAGGUAGAAGUGGUUCAUUGUCGAAGAACAGAAUCUCAGGAUAUUUGUUGUAUCCAAAAACUUAUCAGAAAAUUCACACAGAAGCUGUUUGGGAACCUUAAUAUCAUUUAUCUUCUGGAAAAGGCAAACCUUGCAAUUACCCUCCACAAUGACAGAGAGGAGAUCAUGGCCCAGGCCACCUUUGUGGACUAUCCGAACUGGAAUGUUGCCCAACAGGAUGACUGGGUGCCUGUGUUCCGGGAGCUCGACGCUGAUAUUCCAUGCACACCUCUGAAUACCUUGUUCAUGCACCUCUUUGUGGCUGUGGAUGAGUAUUCCAAUGGCUGCUGCAAAGAAAUGUUGAGGACUGUAUUUAAAGCAGUGCCAGAAGUGCACUUCAUAUUUCUCAUAGUGCCAGCGUACAUGAGCAUAGGUACAACUCUGAUAAAUGUGUUUGACCUAGUAGGAAAUGUUCCAAGUUUGGAAUUUGAUGAGGACUUUUCUGUGCACAUAUGCUACAGACAGAACCAUUACCCUCAGCUGCACAUUCGAAAAGCCAAGGUCGAAGAUCAUGAUGAUCUUAUGCCAAUAUUGAUGCGACAUGAUACAGUUUUGAGGGAUACAUAUGGGGAAUACUUCCUUGCUGAACUAAUUGAGGCCCAAGAUGAAGAAAAUCAAGCUGCUGUGUGUGAGGUGGAAGGUAGAGCUGUUGGGUUCAUGAAUGUAUGUUCAGAAGUAAACAUGCAGCUCCUGCAUGAGUGCUUUGAUCUAGGACCCUUCCAUGGACUCUGCACUCCACAUCCUGAGGAUGUUCUGGAACCACCAAAGAAUAUACAACUUCAGGAAAAUAAAGAUUCUGAGGUGAGAAGUGGCAGCGAUGGGUCUCUGAAACGAGUGGAGAAACUUCAAGAACCUGCAACUUCAGAGCUGAUGGAAAGCAUCCAGGUAACAAACCAUCAGCCAGGUCUGUGUGAUGCCAGAGUGAUCGCAGUUGCUAGUGGAAACAUGAAUGACCCAGAGAAACAUGAGAAAUUAAGUGAAAUUUGCUUCUCUACUCACUUCAGAACUUAUCAACCCUUCAGCCAACCCAGUUUAACACCUAUCUUGAUGCCUGACACCAGUUCCUUCCGCCCAGUCUACAAAGGAGCUGCCUCUGCUUUUUGUAUUCAGCUGUUUUGUAUUGAUGAGCAAUAUGAAGCCAGGUCACUGGACUUUAUGGACUUUGUUUUCAGUCUUUUUCCUAACAAGAACUUCUGCAUCAUUUCUCUGCCUCAUAUGACACCCGAGUUUCCUCUCAUCCAAUACUUUGUGAAGAUCGUCCCCUUCAACAAUUGUACCCUUGAGCAGGACCUCUACGUCUUCCACCGGGCUGGAUUGCUCAAAUCAAUUAAUAUAAGAUUUGCUACAAAACUUGAUUGUCCUGGUGUUGAAAAUCUUGUCAACACCCUCAUGCUAAGUAAGCGCAUACUGGAAGAUGUUAGCUCCUACACUCAAGCUGGCAAAGAUCCUGAUGGAACACCAUUACAGGCAUUUGUGGCUGAUGUUGCGGACCAAAUAGUUGGUGUUGCGGUAACCAGAGAUGAAAAGGACAUAGAAUACAUCCGAUCGCAUUACAAUAUUGAAGAUUUCAUCUACUUCUCCCACCACCAGCGUCAGGAACAUGUGCAGCUAUAUCACUUUGCUCUGAACCCAAUUUUCCGACACUACUCCAAGUUUUUUCUCAAGGAGAUCUUCCGUUUAGGCUUUAAGUCCUGUCUUUAUUACCCAAUAUACCAAAAACACAGGGAAGGCAAGUUCCAGGGCUCCCUCGCCCACUCUCUGACAUCCGUCCUUCACUACUUGGUUCCAGUGCGACCACGACGACAGAUUGUCUACCCUCUGGAAAAGCUGGGCAUCAACGCUCCAUCCAAGUCGGUCUCCAAGGAACUGUUGGGCUUCGCUUUAUACCAUACAAAUAGAAAACUAACAUUGGAGCCUAAAAUUACUGUCAAUGCCAAGAUUGUUGUGGUUGGUGCGUCUAAUGUUGCCAUUUCCUUCCUAGAGACAUUGGUAUUUUGCUCUCAUCUGAAGUUUAGCAAUCUCACAUUGAUUUCGACCCACGGACUCCCAGGGAAAAAACUUCUGCAGUCUGAAGAAAGGAAGUUUUUAGCAACUGACCACUGUUUUAAUGAUAAAGAUCACGCACUGAUGUUGCUGUGUUCCUGGGUCAAUGUGGUCGUUGGACGGAUGACUGCCAUAGAUCGAGCAGCCAAGCAUGUUGUGGUUUCCAAAGACAAAAUUGUGCUGUACGACCACCUCAUCCUCUGCACAGGGCAGCAGUAUCAGGUUCCUUGCCCUUCAGGGGUGGAUAUUAAUUUACAUCUGACAAACAGGGAGAUUGCAAACCCCAGUAAGCAGCGAUAUACUGGUAUAGUUCCUUACAAUCACUUUCUUCUCAACGAUGAGGAAGAUUGCUUUGAGGCAUUGACUUGGAUAAGGAACAACUCCAUCAUCCCAGAAGGGAAGGUCAUUGUCUAUGGGAAUACUCUGGACACAUACACUACAGUGGAAACACUAUUACACAUUGGCAUCAAGGGCUGCAACAUCUUCCUGGUGCAGCCCCCAUCUCUGUAUACCACCACAUGCUUCAACAACUACUUUGUGGACUGCGCAGUGAAUGCUGCACUAGCAGCCAAGGGAGUGACAGUCUACCGGGAUGCUCUCCUGGCUCAGUGGAAUGAUGGGCAGAACCCAGACCCUAUUCACUGUGCCAGCUUCACUACAUUCAACAAGCCCUUAAAACUUUCCUGUUCUGUUUUCUUUAGCUUCUGUGAGAAGAAUGUGGAUUACAAUACCUUUAAAGCAUUCAAUGAUGCUUGUCUUGUCUAUGAUGGUCGACUUGUGAUUGAUACCAACUUUCACACAAAUGAUGUAGCCAUCAGAGCUGCUGGCUCUUUAACCAAGUUCUCUAAUCGAUAUUACUCGAAUGAAUGGACUCACAGCAACUUCAGUUCCAAAGAGAUUGGUUUUCAGCUGGCUGCAGCCAUGCUCAACCUCUUUGAUCCAACCAUUGAGCCUGUGAUUGACCCACCUCCUGAACUUGACCGACUCAUCCCCAUGUAUAAAGGAGCCAAAAUUCAAGGUGGCAUUCUUCCUGGGUCUUUCCAUUAUCUGCAUAUUGCCAAGCCUGCCAUUCCAACUCCCUUAGAAGUACAUAGGACCCAGUCUGAUUUGGGUACUGAGAUAGUAACAGGAAGUGCAAAUGAAGGGAAUUACUUCCGGAUACAUAUCAAUAAGUAUAGAAUGGUGGAAACCAUCACAUGCCUUUCAAAGAAGCCAUUCCCCACUUCCAACUACAUCCGCUUGUUUGGCCAACAUGAGCAAGUCCUCAACAAUCUGUGUGGUCGAUUCAAUGACAACAUGAUCCCAGAUCUCUACAGCUUCUUUGAGGAGUCAUGGUCCAUGGCCAUAUUUCAUGAUCGGUUUAUUGAUCUCAGGAAAGAAUUACGACAUAUCUUAAUCUCCUCAGAGGACAAAACCCCACUAUCCAUGGAGCGUGUAGCCUUUCAGAUAGAAGAUGAAGAGAUUACCCUGAAUGAAAAGUCCAGGACAUACCUCAAAAGAGUUUAUGAACAAAGCAUAUACAAGUCACUAGUGGAGAAGAGCAUUCUUGACUACCUGCACUAUAAUAACUACCACCUUCCCAUGUAUGCCUGGUCAGGCAUCAUUUAG